GAACAAUGACCAAUACUACUGGUGAGUUGGUAUGGAUGAAGAGUUUACUCAAAUAACUCGGAAUUGUCUCUUAUAAGCCAAUUAUGUUACAUUGUGAUAAUCUAGUAGCUAUACAUAUUACCUCGAACUCUCGAACUCAGUUUUCCAUAAAAAAAAACAAGCAUGUAGAAAUGGAUUAACAUUACAUUAAAGUUCAACAAAGAAUCGUUAUUUUUCAGCAAAAAAACAAAAACAAAGAAUCGUUAUUCCCUCUUAUGUAAAAAGUGUUAAUUAGUAGAUGCCUUCACAAACGAUAUCACAAAAGUGUAUUAAAAUUUCUAUGUGUAGAUGAGUUUAUUGGAUCUUCAUCAACCAACCAUAUUGAAAUAAAAUGUUUAACCAAGCAUUAGUGGUCGAGAGGAGUAGAGCUGUCGAUCCACGGAACGCAAAGCAGUGGUGAAGAUCAUGACUGAAGGAAUCAAAACGAUCGAUGUGAAGAAUAUGAAGUGGUUGAUGGGAAGCUGUUGGUGACAAAAAGAAAAGACAAUAAUUUACAUCAAUUCUCAUUUAACACAUUUUUAACCACUUUGUUAACUACCUUAUAACCAGUAACAAGUGGAGUUAUUAAUAUAUUUAUAUACAUAAAAAUAAAAUAAAAUAAAAUUAUCCAGCCACUUAAUCUCUAUAAUUUUUUUUGUUCAAAAAUCUCUAUAAAUAAUAUCUCUUGUUCUUUAUACUCAACUCAAUUUUCCUACCGUCAUCAUCAUUGAUCAUUAUACGGAGAAAGAAUGGCAUCGAGACCAGGUCUUCUCACAGACUGGCCAUGGACACCUCUUGGAAGCUUUAAGUACUUGGUAUUGGCACCGCUGGUUAUCGACAGCAUCUACUCAUACGCGACAAUGCGAGAUCACGAGAAACUUCUGGUAGUGGCGCUAAUGGUGUGGAGGAUUGUUCAUAGCCAGGUAUGGAUAAGCUUUUCGCGUUACCGAACUGCGAAAGGAACGAAACGGAUCGUGGACAAGUCCAUAGAGUUUGACCAAGUCGACCGAGAACGAACCUGGGACGAUCAGAUCAUCUUCAACACUCUCAUUGCUUACUUAGCGAAAGUGUACAUGAUAAGAACUGAUUCCCUUCCCUUUUGGCGACUCGAUGGUCUGGUUCUAGUCGCUCUCCUCCAUGCGGGUCCGGUUGAGUUCAUCUACUACUGGUUUCACCGAGCCCUUCACCACCACUUCCUGUACUCUCGCUACCAUUCACAUCACCACUCCUCCAUCGUCACCGAGCCGAUCACGUCGGUGGUACAUCCGUUUGCGGAGCACAUUGCCUAUUCCCUAAUCUUGGUGAUACCUCUUGUGACGACUUUUCUAUGCGGCACGGUCUCUAUCGUCUCCAUUGCACUCUACAUAACUUAUAUAGAUUUCAUGAACAAUUUGGGCCACUGCAACUUCGAGCUCAUUCCAAGAUUUUUCUUUUCUCUUUUCCCACCUCUUAAGUUCCUCUGUUACACUCCUUCAUUUCACUCGCUCCACCACACACAAUUCCGGACGAACUAUUCUCUAUUCAUGCCAAUGUACGACUACAUUUAUGGGACCAACGACAAGUGCAGUGACUCAUUGUAUGAAACAUCGUUGGAGCAAGAAGAAGAGAAGCCGGACGCAAUUUAUCUCACACAUCUAACAUCACUCGACUCUAUUUACCAUCUCCGACUUGGCUCUGCUUCCCUCUCCUCGCACCCCUUAUCUUCUCGGUGUUACCUAUUACUCAUGAGACCGUGCACUCUGAUGCUCUCAUUCAUACUAACUUUCCUCUCAUUUAGAAGCUUUGCCUUCGAGAGAAAUCGCUUCCGUGAUCUCACUCUUCACUCCCAUCUCGUUCCCAAGUUCUCUUCUCAUUACAAGUCGCUGAAGCAGAAAAAAUCUAUCAAUAAAACGAUAGAGACGGCUAUCCUUGAAGCGGAGAAGAAGGGUGUGAGAGUAAUGAGUUUGGGGCUAUUGAACCAGGAAGAAGAGUUAAAUGGGUACGGAGAAAUGUACGCAAGGAAGCAUCCAAAGCUAAAGAUAAGGAUAGUAGACGGAAGCAGCCUUGCAGCUCAGGUGGUGGUUCAUAGUAUUCCUGUUGGCACAAGAGAAGUUCUAUUUCGAGGCCAAAUCACAAAAGUUGCUCGUGCUAUUGUCACUUCUCUUUGCCUAAAUGGCAUCAAGGUGAUGGUGCUACGUGAGGAAGAGCAUUGCAUGCUAGCCAGAUUCCUUAGCGGGCAUUGUAAAGAGAAUCUGGUCCUAACAACCAAUUACUCCCCAAUGAUAUGGUUGGUGGGAGAUGGGAUAAGCAAAGAAGAGCAGAAGAUGGCAGCAAAAGGAACUCGCUUUCUUCCUUUCUCUCAGUUUCCUCCUACCCAACUUCGUAAAGACUGCUUUUACCAUACCACUCCGGCUAUGAUCAUCCCGGACUCUGCCCAAAACAUAGAUUCUUGUGAGAAUUGGCUGGGGAGGAGAAUGAUGAGUGCUUGGAGAGUUGGUGGAAUAGUGCAUGCCCUUGAAGGAUGGGAGGAACACGAGUGUGGUCUUGACGUUCCAAUGGUUAGUCCUCACGGAGUUUGGGAAGCUGCUCUUCGACAUGGUUUCCAACCUCUGGUUUUGCCAUCUUUAGAGACGAACAACAGUUUGUAAGAAGUAAACCGUAGGCUUUGGCGACCGAAUGCAUUUGUCAUUUUACUUGACUAUUACGUCAAGCUUUUAGAACUCGACCUCUUUUAUUUAAAAUGAAAAACUAAAAUAAAAGCUUUAGAACUGAACUGUC